UUCUACAACAACACGCCAUAUUUGAUUCAGCACCAGUGUGUUAUGUGAUGUAACGUUAGCAAUUGCUAGCAGACCUAUACUUCGCCUUUCCCGCCUUUAAAGAAAUGGUUAUACAUUUUUAAAAGCCUAUUACUUAUUUUGGCGUGUCCUGUGGAUAUUGGAAUGUAUCGGCGCGGGGGAAGCAAGAAGGAGCAAAACAAUGCGACGAAGGAGCAGAGCGACAGCAGCAAGUACGCGGAGCUGCUGGUGUUCGGCUACGCCUGUAAGCUGUUCCGGGACGAUGAGAGGGCCUUCUACCACGAUCAGGGCAAACACCUUAUCCCAUGGAUGGGGGACAAGAACAUCAUGAUCGAUAGGUAUGAUGGGCGUGGUCAUUUACAUGAUCUUUCGGAAUAUGACGCUGGCUCGUGGAAUCACGACUACCAGCUGUCCGAGGAGGAGGCCAGGAUAGAGGCUCUGUGCGAUGAGGAGAGGUACCUGGCUAUGCACACCGACCUACUAGAAGAAGAGGCCAGGCAAGAGGAAGAGUAUAAAAGACUGAGUGAAGCUUUAGCAGAUGAAGGCACCUACAAUGCCGUGGCCUUCCGUUACAGCGCAGACUACUACGAUCCCUCCCAGCCCACUGAAGAAGACGAGGCCAGCAAAGAAGCAGAUCAAGAGCAGCUGGAGGAAGAGAGUGAAGAGCCGUUUGUGGCUCCUCCUGGUCUCCUUAUCCCUCCGGAUGUAGAGCUGCCUGCGACCACCAAGACUCAUGCUAUUAUCGAGCGCACCGCCAACUUUGUAUGCAAGCAGGGGGCCCAAUUUGAGAUUGUGCUGAAGGCAAAGCAGGCUGGCAACUCCCAGUUUGAUUUCCUGCGGUUCGACCACUACCUGAACCCUUACUACAAGCACAUUCUACGAGCUAUGAAGGAAGGGAGAUACACGCCGGCUUCAGAGGGCAAGCAGGACCAGCAACAGGAAUCAAAGUCAGAUGAAUCAGAUGACGAUGACGACGGGGAUGGGAACUACCUGCACCCGAGCCUGUUUGCACCCAAGAAGUGCUCUCGUCUGGAGGAAAUAAUAAAGCCUCUGCAGGUCAUUGAUCCAGAUCACCCGUUGGCAGCACUCGUUCGGAAAGCCCAACAGCAGAAUAAUGGCACCGCAGCGCUGGUAACUAACGCAGAAGAAGAGCAUCAACCGUCAGCAGUGGCCACACAGGCUGAAUACACCUCUGACCCUAAUGUGGCCGCAAUGUACUACGGCUACUGUAUGCUGCCUGAUGGUACAUAUUGCCUUGCCCCUCCACCUCCUGGGAUUGAUGCCAGCCACUAUUAUGCUUCGCUUCCCACCGGCAUGAUGCCAGCUCCUCCUGCAUCUGGUCCACCUCCCCCUCCUGGCACUACACCUUUGGAUCCUGCUGUUGCAAUCCCAUCAGCCCCUGCUGUAGGUCCAGUCACGGUGUCAGCUCCUGCGUCUGCUCCACUCCCCCAUUCCGCUCCUGCUCCUCCAACUUCCAGUUCCAGGCCUCCUCAAACCACUGUUGUUCCCCCGCCGGUUGUGGCCACUGCUGCUCCUGUUGCUGCCAUCAUCCCUCCGCCUCCCGACAUUCAACCUGUCAUUGAUAAACUAGCCGAGUAUGUGGCCAGAAAUGGGGUGAAAUUCGAGACCAGUGUUCGUGCCAAGAAUGACCCGCGGUUUGACUUUCUGCAGUCCUGGCACCAGUACAACUCCUAUUAUGAGUUCAAAAAACACUACUUCAUGCAGAAAGAAGGCCUGAGCGGGCAGGAGGGUUCUCUGCUGUAUGGCAGUGGGGGGGACAGCGCAGAAAACUCUUCUGACAAGCAGCAGGACGAGGGCAAGCUCAUUAAAGCGUCCUUUGCACCCAUCUGCUUCGCUAUUAAGUCAAAAGAAAACGAUCUUCUGCCUUUGGAGAAGAACCGUGUGAGGCUGGAUGAUGACUCUGAUGAGGAUGCGAUUAAGGGGGAUGUGCUGGAGGGAAUGGAGCUGGCCAUUGGAUUGCUUGAGGCGCCAAGAGAGGUUCCUCAACCUCCACUGGCUGAGGAGAAGAAGCCAGUCCUGUCACAGGAAGAGCUGGAGGCCAAACAAGCCAAACAGAAGCUUGAGGAUCGGUUAGCAGCAGCAGCGAGGGAGAAACUGGCCCAGGCUUCCAAAGAGUCCAAAGAGAGGCAGCUUCAGGCUGAGCGCAAGAGGAAAGCUGCCCUCUUCCUGCAGACUCUGCGAGGGCCAGAGGCUGAGGUCAAGCGCACUGAGGAAACUACUGCUGCACCUGAGCCAUUGGGUUCCAUCCUGCCUAUAAGUGGUCUUCUUCAACACACAUGUCGUAUACCAGGCUUUGACUACGAGCCGCUGGAAAAUGCACUAACUAGGAGCUUAAACAACGCUGCUUCCCAUGUGACCACCUCUACCUCCUCAUCUUCAUCUCGUGGGCCUGAAAGGGACAGAGACAGGGAUAGGGAUCGAGAUAGAGACCGGGAUAAACGGAAGAAGAAACACAAGAGAAGGUCCCGGAGCAGGUCUCGGUCACGCUCCCGAUCCAAAUCCAAAACCAAGCAUGCUUUGCCCAGUGCCUACCGCACCUUCAGGAGAUCCAGGUCUCAGUCUCGGUCCCCCAGUCGCAGAGACCGGCGGGCUCGUUCUCCAGACAGAAAGCGUGACGAGAGGGAGAAAGAGAGCUAUGGUCCCAGCAACUACCGUCUUGGCAGCAACCCAGCACUGGGCAGGCAGCGCUCAAGAUCGAGGGAUGGCUCUCAGGAGAAAGAAAAGCAAGUGGCCUCCACUAUUGUCUCUUCAGUACAAAGCAAAAUCACUCAGGACCUCAUGGCGAAAGUAAGAGCGAUGCUUGCAGCAUCCAAAGGCCUCCAGCCAAACCCCUCCUGAGAAAGUUAGACAACAACCUGGCAGGAUCAGUCUCCAACAUCUCACAUGACAGACACAACCUUCUGACAAACCUCUGGACUGCUGUUCUCCUGCCGAGCCGCACAAUGCUGGAUGCUUUAAUCCCUUUACGUAUACCUGUAUUGGACCUCUGCAUUGGUUAGAUGUUUUUAUUUUGCCUCCAGAAUAGUAUUAGGCACAGAGAUCUCCUAUAUUUUGGAGGUACAGGUGGAAACCAAGCAGGUGUAGAAAGAAAUGAAGCCAAAAGCAGAUGGUGGAACAUUGGUCCUGCUGUGUGCAGCAACUAAAAAGAAGAGUUAAAGGUAUAAAUCCUCGGAUGCAACAAAAAAACAAAUUUAAAUUGUGUUCUGAUGACUGAGCUCUUUCCUUUGUAAUAUUGUGUCUUGCAGAGGGACACGGUUAUAUCCUUCCGUGAAGGAUAAUGCUGUUUAUUUUUCGCACCCAUCUCCUUUCCUCCCUCUCCGAGCUCUUUCAGAUAUGAAUUCGUAGUCUUUUUUUUUUUUUUUGAAUAUGUGGCCUUCGGUUUUUCAUUUCCAAGUUUGUACGAGCUUAAUUUUGCAGCUACUUUGUAAAACCGUCAAUAAAGUUAUGAAUUAUCCAACGAGAAUACGGUUGCCUUACUUUCCGUGAGCGACGUCUCGUCAUGUUCGCCUCCUGCUCCGUCUGUUUUUCAUUUCCUGCACCUGCGAGCUCUGGCCUUUGGAGCGUCUACGCAUGUACUGCAUCCCAGAAUGCACUCUGCAUGAUAAUUAGACCUCAUGUUCUGUGGAAGGGACUGUAUGAGUGCUGCUCUCCAGAGAGAGAGAGAGCGAACUGUGGGAAUCAUGGUCCAUUUUAACUGAGCCUUUAAUCUGGUGGCGGUUCAGCCCAAAGAGGCAGUGUGGGGAGUCUCAUUUAGUCCUGCGAGAGAGUCAAAUGGACUGGUUGGAGAUCCCUAGAGCAGGUCGGUCCCAUCCAAAACCAUAUUUACACUCCCUUCCAAACUCUCUUGACACGGAGAGCUUAACGCUUUCCCAUGUUCAGAUUAUGUUGUGUCCAAUUCAAGUGGCGUUUUCCUGGAAAAAGGGCUCAGAGGAACUGUUUGCUGCCAAAAAAUAAAUUCAAAAUGUCCA